AUGGCGGAUACCGAAGGACGCCAGUUUGUAAGAGAUCGUAUUAGGAAUUGUAUUUUAAACAUUUUACAGCAAAUGCAAGUGGCGGGCGAUGAAGGGGAACGUCUGGGCAAUGUCCAUUUUAGGCUGGAAUGGCUGUUAAAUAUCGUCACUAGAUAUUAUCAAACCGAUUUAGUUCAGGAAGAAAUUGUGAAUCUUCUUCGCGAAGCUCUAAGAAAUUUGACAGAAGUAUGUGACUGUGCUGAUAACGACGUCGAGGCUGAAGCAAUUUUCACGGGCAAUCGUGGACGCCCUAGCUAUAACAUUCCUUACGAACAAGUUACUUUUCUAGUUGAAAGGCGAUUUAGCACAAAACAAAUGGCCUCUAUACUUGGUGUAAGUGAAUGCACUGUACAACGACGAUUACAACACUUUGGUAUGUCCAUCAGAGGAACGUAUGCAACUCUAACAGACCAAGAACUGGAUUCGACAAUUCAGGAAAUAUUGAGGGUCCAACCUAACACUGGCAAUAAAAGAAUGACUGGUCACCUGGCUGUUCGUGGUGUCAGAAUUCAACAAAGGAGAAUCAGAGAGUUGAUGCAUCGUGUAGAUCCAGAAGGAACACUUAUACGAGCACUAGAAUUAAACGUUAUUAACCAUAGACGUUAUUCAGGACCUCUCCUUUGGCUCUCUGGCAUAUUAAUGGCAACCACAAAUUAA